AUGAAAGUUCAACUGUAAUUCUUAACUCAACAUUAACUUUAAUUUUUUAGGACUUAUGUUGAAUCAGUAGCUAAUUCAGUAGCCUCAUCCAUCUCGGAAUAUGAUUCCUACACUCUGUUGGAAUCAGUGGAAUCUUUUUGUGUUGCUCUGAACGAACUUUUCAAAGGAACCAAGAACUACUUGGAGUUGAAAAAUGUAGUGGUCGAGAAGUUUGGAGAAGCUUUGAAACAAUGUGUAGCUGAAGAACUUUACGAGGUUUACCUACAGAUCUUGUUGUCAGUAGAAGAGCUGGUAAAAGCUGGUGAAGCCGGUACUCAGUAUGUUGGGAUUGUGAAAAGGAUCUUGAUCAAGGAAUUUGCCAAGUUUGUUAUGGAAAAAAGGUCCAACCCCGAGGGAAUUGAGUUUAUGAAUAUUGCUGCCUCAGGCUUGCAUGCCAUUCCACAUAUCUUUGUAAGUUUAAGUUUUAUAUUUUAAAAAAAUUAAAUUUUUCAUAUUUAAAUUUGUAAAAAAGUUAAAGUUUAAAUUUUAUUAAAAUGUCACAAAAAAUGACCUUUUGUAUCUUCUUACCGUUUUGUAAUCAACUCCGAUUACAAAUUAAUCAUUUUCGUUUUUCAGGGUCCAGCCAUCUAUGUUUAUUACAAACAAAAGUGUAUUGAAGAGUUCAAAAACUCCCUGUUGACAAAGGCGACCAGAGGAGAUCUUGUUCAUGUGUUGACUGUAGGUUUUUUAUUUUUUGUUUUUCGGUUCUAGAUCAAGAUAAAUUGUCGCUAGGUCAAAAAUUUUUAUAAUUAAAAAAUAUUUAUAAACUACUUAUCAAGUAGAAUAUGUAUUGUAUUUUUGUAAAGAUACCAUUUCUAAUAAUUCAAUUUUCAGAAAAAAGCCAAGCGUUACGUAGGUGAAGUCCUCAAAUGGAUUCUAGCGCUGCCAAUCAAAAAGAUGUUUGACUACACAACCCUCACUGCAUACGCUGUCCUCAACAAUGACCUCAGCGAUUUGUAUGCUCUGUGUCGUAUCGACGAAGAGAUCCGGACUAUCGUAGUAAGCUACUUGGACUACGUGUGUGGAGACUGUUUUGUUGGCAUCGACCCCGUCAUGAACUCAGAAGAAGUGUUUGAGAAUUCCAUGAAUCAUCAGCUGAAACAGAAGUUGAGCACGGUGGUGAAAGUGGCUUUCAACAUCUUCAAAGAGUUCAACAUGGAUAAGGAGAUGGUUGCUAACUGCAUCUACUACCGUCAGAUGAACGACUUUAUCUAUGUUCUGAGUAGGUACAAGAAGGGAGAGCUCACCAGCAUCGAACAGCCAAUUGUCAAGACAAUGGAAAAGGGAUUCAGACUUCAGUUCUCGGUUUUGAAUCUGAUUGCCAGCAAUUUGGGUGUUCAGGAAGCUGUGUUUUAUGCCAUGUUGAUGGAUAUUCCUGAAGGAAAGUGGCCUGGAAAACUGCAAGAUGGCGUAGAGGACUGUAGAGAGGUGGUAAUGGCUAAAUUGGCUGCAAAGUAAGUCAAUGUUAAGGAAUAAAGGUGUAAAACAAGUUUUUUUUGGCUUAUAAAAUUGUAAAUUCUUUUAAAAACUAUUAACGUUUCAGAAAAGAAAGCCUGGAAAAAGAACAAAGACAGAUUGACAAUGGCAUCAUGAUCAACAGUCGUCAAGACCACCGUCUCUUCGUUGUGGAUUCAAUCAUCAAGAUUCACACCAUCUUGAAGCCGUUUAUGGAUUCUAACGACAAGUUCAUCGGCAUGGACGCUGAAUGGGACGCUUCUGACUGUGGUCUCCAAGGAGAAUUGUGCAUCGUGCAGUUGUCAUCAAGAAAGCAGACAGUUGUCAUCGACGUUACUACUCUCAAGACCAUUCUGAACGACGAACAAUGGGUCGAUUUGUGGAGUAUGGUCUUUGGUGGUGAAACAAAGUUGAUUGGCUUUGCUCUACUGUCAGAUAUACAGGUAUUGGUUCACAACUUCUCAUUCCUGGAGGAUCGUGUGCCCAAGAUGAAGGAAAACAUGAUCUGUCUUCACAAUGCCUUCAAUGUUAUCCUUGGCAACGCUGAGAUGACAAGACUUGUGUUUGGCUACAACAUUCCGUCCCAGAACAACCUCUUCAACAUGACCAAGUACAUUAUGAAGUACGAGCUGAGCAAGCAGGAACAGUCCAGUGUCUGGAGUGCACGACCACUGAGAAUGGCACAGUUAAGAUACGCGGCCGAGGAUUCGAUGUCAGUGUACGGUAUCUACUGUAUUGUAGCUCCGAAAAUCUACGAGAGAUUCCCCGAGGAGAUUGAAAACGUGUUUCAAUCAAUGGCCGUGAUCAACAAGUCGGCCAAAGGAACCGGCUUUGAGAAUCUGGAUAUUGCUCAGAAGUCCGUCGUGAAGAAGACCAAGGCUUCACACCUGAGCAAGAAGGACUUGGAAGACAUAGCUACACGAGUGAACGAUUACUUUGUUGAGAAGAAGAUGAGUCCCAUGGUUAACCACCCUGAGUAUCUUCAUGAUACUAUGUGUACUCAACUUGCCAUCUGCUUGCGACGUAUCGGAAUCAGUGUGACAAAGCUACCAAAAGCAGAAGAUCUUCAGAAGUGGAUCGAGAAUAACAGCAACAACUUCACCGUGAUGACUGUGGGAAAAGCGGCCAAGAACUUUACCCAAUUCGCCAAAGUCAUCGACACAGCUUCAUCGUCUGAACCUCUGGAUGUUCAGAUCGAGUUGUUCUUGAAGCGAGAAUGCCUGUCUGUUAAUGUAGACAACUACAAAUCACGAUGUGAGCAUUGCAACAAGUCCACGUUCUGUAUGGUACCCAAACCCUACAUGCAGUAUCUGCAUUUGAACUCGAUGCUUCAAAAUGAUAUUAAAAGAGGUCAAAUUGAUGUGAAUGAAGAUGAGGUGGAAGAGAGUUACCAAAAAAUGAAAAACUACGUCUACCCCAUAAUGGAAUAUGCCUGUACUACACUUGUCAGGAAUGGGGAGACGUUGAUCUUCGCCCAAAAUGCCAUCAUCAAUCCAAUGUAAGUUUUUUGAGGUUAUGUUAGCUAAACAGUUUUAAAUAUUAUAUUAUGACUGUACGAGUGAAUUUUUGAAAAUAAAAAAUAUUCUUUUUUUUUAUUGAAAGAGAAAGUGAAACAGUAAUUCAACUGUGAUCAAUUAGGCUUAUAAUUAUACCUCCACUCAUCAUAAUAUCUAUUUUUAGUGACCUCACAAUUUCCCAGUUGAUCAACAGAAACGACCAGCCUCACCGUGUAAAGCCCAAAAAGUUGACAUUGGCUACACACAAAUUGUUGAAGGAAUCCACUGAUCCCCAUUACAUGCUGUACGGUAUCUGUACAUGCUGCGGUCGAGAAAACACGGAUAUCAUCAAAAACCCGUUGGAGAAUUAG